AAACAACCUCCAACCAAUUACGGUUCUAGUUUUGGGCAUAUAUACGAGGGUUUAUAGCCGGAUCCCGUAUCACGCGGGUGUUUGAGAAGCACCGGAUUUCUGGUUCUUAAAAUUUAUAAACCCAUCGAGAACUGCAUAUCUUCUUUUACUCCUAUCGUAAACCCUAACUUCUCAGCGAAAUCGAGUUCUGUCUUCUCCCCAUCCCUAACCGAAGAAGAAGAAAGAUUCUGCUACUGUAAUUUGGAAAAAUCAACAAUCAUGGCGACUUUUGGGAAACCGGAGAACGCUUUAAAGCGUGCUGAAGAAUUGAUUCAUGUCGGGCAGAUGCAAGCAGCCUUGCAAGUGCUGCACGAUGUAAUCACUUCAAAGAGGUAUCGGGCAUGGCAGAAAACCCUUGAGCGUAUAAUGUUCAAGUAUGUUGAACUCUGUGUGGAGAUGAGAAGGGGUCGGUUCGCAAAAGAUGGACUGAUUCAGUACCGUAUUGUAUGUCAACAAGUUAAUGUUGGUUCGCUGGAAGAGGUGAUCAAACAUUUUUUGCAUCUUUCAACUGAGAAAGCUGAGAAUGCAAAGAGCCAGGCAGAGGCAUUGGAAGAAGCUUUGGACGUUGAUGACUUGGAAGCUGAUAAGAGGCCUGAAGACUUGAUGCUGAGCUAUGUUGGUGGCGAGAAGGGCAAGGAUAGAUCUGACCGCGAGCUUGUUACUCCAUGGUUCAAGUUUCUAUGGGAGACUUACAGAACGGUUCUUGAAAUUCUCCGUAACAACUCUAAACUAGAAGCGCUCUACGCGAUGACUGCCCACCGAGCAUUCCAGUUUUGUAAGCAGUAUAAGAGAACAACUGAAUUUCGUAGACUUUGCGAAAUAAUCAGAAAUCAUCUUGCAAAUCUUAACAAAUACAAGGACCAGAGAGACAGACCUGACUUGUUGUUACCAGAAAGCCUACAACUGUACCAAGAUACGAGGUUUGAACAGCUUAAGGUUGCAACUGAGCUUGAACUUUGGCAGGAAGCUUUUCGUUCUGUUGAGGACAUUCAUGGUUUGAUGUGCAUGGUAAAGAAAACUCCCAAGCCAUCCUUGAUGGUCGUUUAUUAUGCCAAGUUGACGGAGAUAUUUCGAGUUUCGGGCAGUCAACUAUAUAAUGCUUACGCAUGGUCCAAACUCUUUUCACUUCAAAAGAGUUACAAUAGGCACUUAACCCAGAAGGAUUUACAGCUAAUCGCAUCCUCUGUUGUAUUAGCUGCACUUUCAGUGACUCCAUAUGAUCGUGGUUAUGGUGCAUCACAUUUGGAGCUUGAAAAUGAGAAGGAGCGUAAUUUGAGAAUGGCUAACCUUAUAGCUUUCAGUCUUGACCCUAAACGCGAUAGCAGAGAAGUGCCUUCAAGGCCAGCUCUUCUCUCUGAACUGGUCUCUAAAGGUGUAUUGGCUUGUGCAUCACCUGAAGUUAAAGAACUUUACAAUCUUUUGGAACAUGAAUUUCUACCCCUGGAUCUAGCUUCAAGAGUUCAGCCAUUGUUAGGCAGUAUCACUAAUGUUGGAGGCAAGAUUUCGUCUGCAUCUUCUGUUCCAGAAGUGCAACUUUCAUAUUAUGUUCCUGCUCUCGAAAAGCUUGCUACCUUGCGGUUGCUUCAGCAGGUUUCGCAGGUUUAUCAGACGAUGAAGAUUGAGGUCUUGUCCAAGAUGAUUCCCUUUUUUGACUUUUCUGUAGUUGAAAAGGUUUCAGUCGAUGCCAUCAAAUCAAAUUUUAUUGCGAUGAAGGUCGAUCAUCAGAAAGGAGCAGUUCUCUUUGGUAGUUUGGAUCUUGAGUCUGACACGCUUCAGGGCCACCUGACUCUUCUUGCUGAGUCCUUGAAUAAAGCAAGAGAGCUGAUUUAUCCUCCGGUUAAGAAGGCAUCAAAACUUGCUGAAGCUCUUCCUGGUUUAGCGGAGGUGGUCAAUAAGGAGCACAAGAAGCUUCUUGCUAGAAAGUCAAUUAUUGAAAAGCGCAAAGAGCUACAAGAACGCCAGUUGUUGGAAAUGGAACUCGAGGAAGAAACCAAAAGACAAAAGAUACAGCAAGUUACUGUGGAGGCAGAAAAGAUCAGGCUUGCUAGAGAAUCUUAUGAGAGGGAGCAACAAAGAAUUAAGAGAGAGCAAGAAAAGAAGGAGAUAGAUGAUGCAAUAGCUUUAAUUGAUAAGAACAAAAAGAAGGGAAAAAAGACAGCCAUGGAAGGAGCCACUAAACAACAACUACUUGAAAUGGCUAUACAAGAGCAACUGAAAGAGAGGCAGGAAUUGGAGAAGAGGCUUCAGAAACUUGCUAAAACCAUGGAUCACAUGGAACGAGCAAGGAGAGAAGAGGAAGCUCCUCUUAUUGAUUCUGCAUUUCAACAACGUCUAGUGGAGGAAAAGAUUGCCCAUGAGCGGGACCAGCAGCAAGAGAUUGAACUGAGCAGAGAACGACAUGUUGGAGACCUUCAGGAGAAGAAUAGGCUCUCAAGGAUGUUGGAGAAUAAGAACAUUCUCCAGGAUAGGAUCGUCUCCCGUCGUAAGUCUGAGUUUGACAGGUUGAAGAGGGAGAGGGAUGAGCGUAUUGCCCAAAGGCUUCAGGAUAACAGAGAGAAAAGAGAGAAGCAUAGGAAGCUGAUAUUUUAUUUGAGGUCCGAGGAGGAGAGACAAAAGAAAUUGGAGGAAGAAGAAGCUCUUCGAAAGCAGGAAGAGGCUGAAAGGAUAAAGAAAGAAGCUUUAGAGAGAAAGGCCAAGUUGGACGAGCUGGCUGAGAAGCAGAGGCAAAGAGAGGCUGAAGUGGAGGAGAGGGUAAGAAAGGAGAGGGAGGCUCAGUUUAGAGCACCAGCUGUUCCUGCUGCUGCUCCUGCUCCUGCUCCUGCUCCAGCUGCCGUUUCAAAUGCGCCAGGGACUGCUGCUUCAACACCAGCAAAAUAUGUUCCCAAGUGGAAGAGGGGAGAAUCUAGUGCUGUUGCGGUAACACCCCCUGAACCUGACCGCCGGGGUUCAAGACCAGAAGAUCAGCGUCAACCUGCUGCAACUGAUAGGUGGCGCACUGAUCGUACUGAUGAUCGUAGGCCGUCGGCAGCACCUGGGAACACCGGAAAAUGGGUUCCCCCAUCUAGACGUUAAACUGAAUCUUGACCCUUCUCUCUCAACCUCCCUCCCAUAAUAUUUCAUAUCGAAAAUGUUUGUUGUUUUCAUCUGAGCAAGAUUAUUUUGUUGUCUAUGUGGCUUAACUAAAAAGAUUUGGCAUAGAGAAUUUUGUUUCUGUUGCUGCUGCUGCCACUUGAUAAUGCAUAUUUGAGGACUAGUCUUUGUAAUCCUGUUAUCACAAAAGGGGGUAAGUCUAUCAAGAAAUUGAUUAGGGUUAGAAUAGAUUCUGCGGUUGUUAAGAAAUAUAUUUAUGUACUCUUUUGCAAUCGAUUUUUAUCAAGUUUCCUAGUGUUCUUGUGGUAAA